AUUUGAGCCGGUCAUUGAUUUGCAUGGCUGUUAUAAGCUCAAAUUGAUACAAACUGUUAAAUGAAACAUAUGGUACUAAUAUCGCCGAGCUCCAGAAAUGUCCUCCCAAUUUCUGCAGGCGGAGCUCUUGAACCUGAUUCAGGAAUCCAAAAGGAGGAACUCUGACCUGCGAAAUGCGGCUGAAGAAUCCCUUAAUGAAUUAAAGGCAUUGCCUUCAACUUCCGAAGCGCAGAUAUCAGCAGAUCUAGUGCGUAAACCUAAAUUCGCGAACCCAUUCAUUCUUGCCUGCCAUAGUCGCCAUGCGAAACUGGCAGGCAUCGGUGUCGUAUGCCUGCAAAGGCUAGUGGCUUCACGGUCGCUACCAUCUGAGCGAUUGAAAGAUGUUCUUGCUGGGUUGAAGGAGACGACGAACAUGAGCCUGGACAUCCAACUCAAGAUCUUGCAAUCGCUGCCUUCUCUGCUGCAGCACUAUUCCAAUGACCUGGGAGGAGACCUCUUGGUGAGCACGUUGGAGAUCUGUGCUACUCUACAAGGGAAUAAGAUGCUUGCGGUCUCUAGUACCGCCGCAGCCACGUUGCAACAACUGGUCGUGUCAACAUUUGAGCGUGUUUCAAUUGAAGACAAAAACUUCGAUAAAUCGACGCCAACGACCACUGUGAAAGUCGACGGGAACCCCGUCAGCGUAGGCUCUUUUGCAUACGAUGCUUUACGGGUUUUGGACGAUCUCUGUCGACUUAUCGAUGGUGAACCUCUGUACUUUCUUCGAAUCAAAUCCCUCUCUUCAACAUUCACUCUGGAGCUUAUCGAAAGCAUUCUGGUCAACAGUGGGAAACUUUUCGUUGUUCAUGCUGAGCUAACUCAGGUUUUGCGAGUUCGACUUAUGCCAUUGAUUGUAAGGUAUCUGUCUGAAAGACAUACCUUCUCUCAGACUGUUCGCGUCUGUCGCAUUCUCUUAGUACUUCUCAAGCGCCAUAUGUCUCUUCUACCUGCAGAGUGUGAGAUGGCCCUUGGGCUCUUGACGCAUCUACUUGAGCCUGAUGGGAACUCACCUUGGAAGCGAGUGCUUUGUAUGGAAGUCUUCCGGGGCCUGUAUCUCGAGCCGGGUCUGGUAAGGCUUAUGUAUUCCUUGUACGACAAGGAUGACCGCAGGAAGAAUAUCCUCCGAGACCAUAUGGCCUCUCUUGUUCGCCUGGCUUCCGAGAAGCCUUCUUUGAUUGGGGUCAGCAGUCGAUCAACCGUGCCUUUCCGUGCCGAGCAUGCGAGAUCUAUCACUGAAGAGCAAAUCACGCUCGAGGCAGGUGGAGUUGCAGGUGUCAUCGGAACCACCGUUCCCUCAACGGACACUGAUGUACCGGGAAUCAGCAGUCAAUGGAGCGUGGUUCGCACGCCCUACAUGGAAUUACUUGACAAGACCGAUCCUCCUUCUCCUCCCGAUACAUAUAUUUACAGUCUUGUACUCAACUGCAUCAGUAGUUUUGCUGAAGGACUCGCAAAAUUCAUCCUCCCUUUGACAGUACCUGAUUUGAAACAAAAGAGGCGGAGUCGUAUUGCCAGCCCUCAUCCAGAUGGUGGCUCUGCGCGCCCCUCACAGGAUCUCCAGAGGACGAAUUCCUCCAAAGGGUCUCAGACGUUGAGUCCUAAGAAAUCAUCCAUACCGAUCAAUCCUCUCCAGCUAGAGUCACAUCCUCAGCUACCAGCAAUCCAAAGUUGUGCUGGUAUAAUUGAAAACUGCUGGCCUGCCAUACUCGCCGCCUGCUCAACAUUUCUCUAUGCAUCUCUCGACGAUGAUUUUUACCACAAUCUCGUCCGGUCAUUCCAGAAGCUGGCUCAUGUGGCGGGCCUUCUUAGGUUGUCUACGCCGCGCGACGCCUUUCUGACAACUCUUGGCAAGGCAGCCAUGCCAGCAGAGGCAAGUGGCACGAGGUCUGCGAGCAUUGCGGUGGCCACAACAACUGCUUCUCAAUCGAAUCCAGCGGCAGAUGAAAAGUCGAAGAACUCGCAGGCGUCGCUUGCCGGUUUUCCAUUACCAGCCGAGACUCCCGGUGCGCCUUCUGACGUUGCAUUCGUGUCCCUCAGUACCCGGAACCUCCUAUGCUUGCGCGCUUUGCUUAAUCUGGGCAUAGCCCUAGGUCCUACUCUUGACCAGCCGGCCUGGUCAAUAAUCUUAGGAACACUUCAAGACACGGACUUGCUGAUUGGCAUGGCCUCCACUAAGUCCCAAGCCAGCAGUUCCGGGGAAAUUUCAUCGCCUUCUGGUGCCGAUGUGCCCAAAGCUAACCUCGGUUCCGAAAUCCUGGCUGUCCAGACAGCUUCGGCUAAAAUGCUGGAGAGCACUAGCGACUAUCCCAGUGAUUCAUUCCAGGAGGUCUUGACUGCACUCCUGGAUCUCUCUGGAACAGCAGAAGAGCCAACACAAGAGUCGCCUGAGAAUAUGUCGAACACCGUCCUUUCGCCUCAAUCUCGCUCCAGUCUAUUGCGCAAAAGCACGCACCGCGUAUCGCGCUCUAUGGGAAAGUCUAGGACGCAGGAUGAGCUACUGAGGUUUGUAAUCGAGAAAGCAAAUGAGCUGGCCAGAGCAAACCUCGAGCGGUUCUCGUCACUAGCUGAAAGUGAUCAAGACGCUUGGCAGCUUCUUACAGGAAGAUUAAUGUCGAGCGCAGCGGACAGAUCAAACAUUCAAAAGCUUCGUCUACGAGCCAAUGAAGUACUAAAUAGCGUCGUUUUCCAGACACUGAGGCAGACGGAUAGCGGCGAUGUCUCCGAGCGGAAUGCGCGGCAGAUGAGGAAUCUUCAGACACUCAAGCUUCAAGUUCAAUUGCUCUACGAUGCAGGUGCGUGCUCAGCGGGGUCACCUUCAGCGCCCGUGGCCGAAGUACAUGAACAGAGUUUGGAAACCUUGAAGAGUAUCCUUGAGCAAUAUGCUGAAACAUUUGCUGAGGGAUGGUCUAUCGUUUUCGAUCUCAUAUCAAGCGUCUUUGGUGAGACCAAGGGAACGGAAGCACCUAGAAAGGGGCGUCAGCCGUCGUCAAUAGUGAACUCGCCUCGACUAGUUCGGGUGGCGUAUAAGUCCCUGCAGUUGAUAGCUUCCGACUUUAUCUCCCUGCUUCCGCUGCCCUGUCGGUUGAAUCUUGUGGACUCCUUUUCGAAGUUUGCCUUGCAACAGCAGGAUUUCAAUAUCUCACUGACAACCACAUCGUCUUUCUGGAAUGUGUCCGACUUUCUUCAAGGACAAAUCGAGCAGUUUUGCAUUGAGACACAUAUUGACUCCUCUGUGACUGAAGACACGCUUGCAGGAUUAGCUAAGGGGGAUGAUCCUUCUGUCUCACGGAACGCACUGUGGCUGUUGCUGCUUCUUCGCAUAGUUGAUCUCACCACGGAUAGCAGGCCAGAGAUUCGAAACUGCGCGGUCCAGACUCUCUUAAGAAUAUUCGAUGCCUACGGCCAACAACUCUCGCCAAAGGCGUGGCGCUUGUGUCUCAACCGCGUUCUAUUUCGGAUGGUGGAGGAGAUAGAAACCGAGCUCACGCUUGCACGGGCUAAGGACAGCAGUCGCACUCCGGAUGAACUCAAGGCGUGGAUCGAAACUACGGUUGUCAUGAUAAAGGGGGCUUCCGAUCUUAUCACGACUUUCUUUGAACCAAUUGUCCAAGACGACUUAUUCGAUCAAUCCUGGGAACGCCUACUCGGCUAUUUCCGGAAAUUGAUCGACUUGCGUCUCUUAGAAUUCAGUGAAGGAGUAUACUCGAGUCUGUCGAACAUCCUUCUUCGUGUGCAGACACCGUCCGGGCUGAGCAAACAGGCUCUGAAUUCCACAUGGUCGUUAUGGGUAGAGGGACACCCAGCCGACAGUGAAGAUCUACUAGACCUAGACCGUCCAAAUCAAGAGGCGGCCAUAGCGUACCUCGAAUCGUUUCAACAGAUCUAUCGGCUAUACAAGGACGAUCUUGAGGGGGAACGUGUCGAAAGCAUCCUCGGACAUUUGCGCCUUCUUGCAUGGAACUCAAUAUGCCCUCCAUACUCGCCAGAUAUUGACCGCCCAUCUCGCCUGCAGACAAUGAUUAUCGAAUGCUUGAGGACACUAUGCAACGAGAAGGACAAUUCACAGCCAGAGAUUCUCUUAUGUCUUGCCGAUCUUGCGGAUUCACCGCUAUCCAAAUGGUCCACUGAGAGUGACUCGAAGAGACCAACCUAUCUCGCUUUCUCCAAAAGUGCGAUAGAUCUCCUCAGCUGGUAUAUCGCCGACCAUGGUAUCAAGAAAGACAUAUUCACAAACGGAGCCCUAGCGACAGCUCUAGAGCAUCUCGCGCACCCAAUCGUCCAAAGAUAUGAGUGGUCAGGAAAGGAUCGCGAACCAAGCCUUUGGCGAAAAUCCACUACGGCGGCUUUGAACAUUCUCCAAGUUGCGAUUCCCUAUGUGGAAACACAAUACGACAACCCAGAUCAACCGGAAAUCCAGCGUUUCUGGAAGCAGGCAAUCACCAUUGCAAGUGGUAUCGUCACUGCCCGGGGCUAUCGAACCGCCUCUCUUCCUCGAGCCACCAUCCUCGCCGACGAGUCCUUUGACGUGACUGCUUUCGAGCGACUCAAAACGCUCAUCAUCCCAUCACUCGGGGCGUCCGUGAUCCCAAACUCCAUCCGUCGGGAUUUCUCGAGCGCCCUAUUGCUCUCCUCCUUUAUCUACCUCCCCCAACGCUUCGAUCUCCCUACCAAAUCCCUCCAGGACGAUCCCCUAAGUGACAUCUACGAAAUCCGGCCCGGAAGGACCUUCGAACCCCCACCAACAACGCGCACAAAAAUGGCAUACAUGCUCAUCGACACACUCUUCGAACUAGCAUCCUCCCCGACACAAAACACCCACAACCAAACCACGCAAACUGCCGCUCGCAUCACCCUCGCCCAGUCCAUCACCCCAUACCUCAUCCUCCGCUGUGCCGUCUCCCUGAAAGGCUAUAUCGCAGACCAACCCCUACGCGGCCUGAUGCCACAGCCCACCCCGGCCCGCAAAUCCCUCCUCCAUCUCCUCCACGGCAUGGUGGCCCUGCACAGCGAGCCGUCGGCAAUCCCUCCACUCCCCACGACCGGAACCCCAACCGAAUCAGCCUCAGCCUCAGCCUCAGCCCCCGCUAGCACCACUGCCCAGGACCACAAAAGGCACCUUGCAUGGAUCUACCCGCUCGUUGUGCGGGCCGUGCCGGUCGCCGGGAAGGAACAGGAUGAUGGCGAGGUGCUCCAUGCUCUCGGGAAGGUCUUACAUGAAGUUGGUACUGGUAUUGGUUCUGGUACUGCUGGUGGUGGUUAUGUGUAAUGUACAGGUUUCCCCACGUGUCCUAUACUCGAUCACCUGUGGGAUGCUUAUAUAGACGAGAGGAUUAUAUAGCAAGCGUCCCCAGUGCUCCUUGUCUGUCUGUUUUUAAGCCUUUGUAUGUAUGA